AUGGAGUCGAAGGAAAGAGCGAGCUUUGGCUCAGCACGCGAACAACAUGAAGACAGCGCGUCAAGCGAGUACGAGAAGAGAGGAGUAUCUGCUGCCGACAUCGACGAAGAGAAAGAUGUUGGACACGGCGGAGCUACGCAAUCCCCAACGAAGGAGCAGAAUGACGCAAUAGCUGAAAGAGGAUGCAGCCAGAGCAGACGUUCGCAAGACGGAAGGAGUCUGAAGACAGUCAGAUCGCAUCACUCGAGAGCUGGAGGAGAUGGCUACACAUGCCUCGACGCAGAAGCCAAUGCCAAAGGCCCCAGCAACUCCCGACCCGGACUUGUAACAGAGCAACCGUACCUUGUGACCUGGGAUGGUGACGCCGACCCAGAGAAUCCACGGAGCAUGGGCAAACUACGAAGAUGGCUCAUCGUGUUGAUAUGCGCCAGUAGUUCACUAUGCGUGACAUGCACCUCAUCGCUAUAUACGUCGACGUAUAGUCAGCUGGAGCCUGAGUUUGGGGCCUCGCGCCUAGUGUGCACGCUUGGUCUAUCUAUGUUUGUUGCGGGACUCGGCGCAGGACCGAUGAUUCUAAGUCCACUCUCGGAGUUCUACGGUCGAAGGCCAAUCUAUAUCUGCUCGUUCACAUUCUUCCUCAUCUGGAUGAUACCAUGCGCCGUGGCACAGAACAUCCAGACGAUGUUGGUUGCGCGCUUCUUGGACGGCCUAGCUGGCUCAGCCUUCCUCAGUGUUGCUGGAGGGACUGUUGGUGACAUGUUCGGGAAACACGAGCUGUCUGCGCCUAUGAUGGUCUACACAGCCAGCCCGUUUGUUGGGCCAGAGGUUGGCCCUCUGAUAGGAGGCUUCAUCGUGGAAAAUACUACAUGGAGAUGGUGUUUCUAUGUUCUCAUCAUCUGGUCUGGAGUUCAGCUUUGCCUAAUCGUUCUUUUCGUGCCUGAGACGUACCACCCCGUUUUGCUCCGUCGAAAGGCGAUUCGACUGCGAAAAGAAACCGGCAACCCAGAGUGGAUAGCGCCCAUUGAGAAGAUGGACAGAUCUAUCGCCAAAACCGUGCUGUGGUCAUGCAUCCGCCCGUUUCAACUUCUUUUCUUCGAGCCUAUGUGCUUGAGUCUUUGCAUCUUGUCGGCAAUCUUGUUGGGUAUCCUGUACCUCUUCUUUGGCGCAUUUCCUCUCGUAUUCGGCAACAACCAUGGCUUCAGCAUCUCGCAGGUUGGACUUGCAUUCUUGGGCCUGUUGGUCGGCAUGCUCGCGGGUGUCUCCACGGACCCUCUCUGGAGAAGGAUAUACGGCAGGCUCGUGCGGCAACGCGAGGAGCAAGGAGGCGAGCCCGGAGGUUCGGAACCUGAGUUUCGGCUCCCUUCGACUAUUGUUGGGGCCUGGGUCGUCCCUAUCGCACUCUUUGGGUUUGGGUGGACGACAUACUCCUCA